GGUGCCAUUGCAAGGGCUUAUUGAUCACUAUACACUUGUAGAAAUUCCAGGAGGCCGUCAUUCCAGCGGGAGAUGGAGGUGGUCCAACGAAAAAGAAGUCCAUCUCUGAGCAGGCUGGGGUGGGAGAAAAAUCUCUGACCACUGGUCCAUCGCUCUAGUGACACUCGGUGCCUUUUCUUUCAGAAGAGGGUCUGGAGCGGAGAGAGCGCUGAGAGGUUGCCCUGGGCGAGGGAGAGGGAAAGCGGGGCAUGACAGGGUGAUGGAACCGCCCAGGGGUCUGAGAGGCUGGGUUCUUCAGUGGAGGGAGAAAGGGUCUUCGGCUCCGGCUCCAGAUCGAGAUUCCUGAGUUUAAGUAUCACCGCGCAGCCCGACCCAGAUGGGAUUUGCUUCUGGUUACAAAACGGGACACUGAUCAACAUCAACUUGGACAAGUGACAAGACUGAGUCUGAUGUGGGUGGAUGUCUUUUCAGGUCGUCGAGGGGAGAGGACGGCUGAGCGCUCCUGGCUAGCUGGGGAGAAGCGUCGCGUCCAGGGCAGGGACAGAAAGGGACGAGAGCGGGGAGACAGGGACGAAAAAGAGGGAGGACGAGUUGAAGAAAAGUAGGGGCAAAGUCGGGACUGGGUGAAGGGGAGCGAGGAGGAGACAAGGGAAAAGUGAGGGUUUUCGAGGAGAGGGAUUCGAAAGGGAAGAAGAAUCGAGGGAGGGCAGGGCGGAAGGAUCGGUGGACAGCUAGGGGUAUUGCACAGCGAUGUACAGCUAUCAAGUACCACUUUUCUCAGCCAAUCCGCUUACGAAACAUCCCUUUCAAUUUGACCAAGACAAUCCAGCAAGAUGAAUGGCACCUGCUUCAUUUAAGAAGGAUCACUGCUGGCUUCCUGGGCAUGGCUGUGGCUGUCCUGCUUUGUGGCUGCAUUGUGGCCACGGUCAGCUUCUUCUGGGAGGAAAGCCUGACUCAGCACGUGGCUGGACUUCUUUUCCUCAUGACAGGAAUAUUUUGCACCAUUUCCCUCUGCACUUACGCUGCCAGCAUCUCCUAUGAUUUGAACCGGCUCCCGAAGCUAAUUUAUAGCCUGCCUGAUGAUGUGGAACACGGCUACAGCUGGUCUAUCUUUUGUGCCUGGUGCAGUUUAGGCUUUAUUGUGGCAGCUGGAGGUCUCUGCAUUGCUUACCCAUUUAUCAGCCGGACCAAGAUUGUACAUCUAAAGUCUGGCAGGGACUCCACGGUAUGACUGUCCACACUCAAGUUCACUCCUUGGUGGGCCCGUCCACAGUGCAGACAACUCUUGAAGGGGACGGAGCGGAGUUUGAGUCAGGAUCCCAAGCACAAACACCGUCUUUGACAUUCCAGUCUGUUGCCUGCCAGCCCCUUGUGGAUGACUGAUAUCAAAUCAUGCAAAACCUCCAUACUUUUCUAAGGACAAGACUACUGUGGAUUCAAGUGCUUUAAUGACUAUUUAUGCUUUGACUGUGAGGAGUAGGGAACAGUGCCAUGGAACAUUUCUCAGUUUAGAAAGAGAGGAAACUGCAAUGGAAAAAUUUGUACGAUUGCUACUUAUUUCAGAAAGUUUGUAUAUAACAAUUACCCGAGAGUCAUUUCUAUUUGCAAAAGGAUUCACAACAAAGCGAAUAUAAUUUUCUUGUUGUUGUACCAUGCUUGUUAAAUUUUAAUGCCGCACCUUCGGAACUUGUCCUAAUGGUGUCUUGUGUCAGCUCCAAAUAUUUGUGCAUUAUUCGUUGAUGUUUUUUGUCACAGGAAGAUUCUUCUGUUGCCUUAUUUAUUUUUAAUUGAAGUCUCUUCUCCAUCUUUGUACUGGAAUCAAAAUCAUAAGAGAAACAGACCAACCGUGGAAGAGUUACCCUGUAAUACUAUGCAGUAUUGUUUGAAGUCCUAUCUGUUGUUCAACCUGUCCCUUUAUGUUAACCAGAUCUCUGCAUUAAAUGACUGCCUCCUUGUUAA